AUGGCUGACCGACCUGUCUGUAUCAAGACCUUUAAAUUGGGGAACGGCGACGAGAUUCCUGCCGUUGGCCUGGGAACCUGGCAAGGUGGCUUCGGCACUGAAGAUGCCAAGGCCCUUGAGGAAUUGGUAAUUUACGCCCUCAAGGCAGGCUAUCGUCUCAUUGAUACCGCACAAUACUAUGGGGUAGAACAUGUCAUUGGCCGUGCAAUUCGGAAUAGUGGUAUUCCCCGGUCCGAGAUCACCGUUGUGACGAAGCUCUGGGGCCAGUGGCAUCACGACCCUGCCGAGGCCCUGCGCAUCUCUCUCGAGAAUCUGGAUGUUGGCUACGUCGAUUUGAUGCUCAUGCAUUGGCCAUGGGCCACAACACCAGCUCCGGAAAUGAAGCCUCUGCGCAUCAACGAGAGCCCAACAUUCAUUGAGACCUGGAAAAAGAUGGAAGAACUUCCCGGCCCGUCAUGCAGGGCCAUCGGCGUCAGCAAUUUCACGCAGAAGACACUUGAUGCGCUUCUUGACAUUGCCAAAAUCAAGCCGGCCGUCAAUCAGGUCGAACUCCACGCGCUGAACCCAAAUCACAAGUUGGUACCAUACUGCGGGUCACAUGGCAUUCACGUCAUGAGUUGGAGGUAA